UGCGUCGGCGGCCGCGGUGCCCGGGCUCUCCGGGCUCGGGCGCAGCAGGCGGAGGCCCGCCCCCGGCCCCGCUCCCGGAGCCCCAGCCGCCCCGCCCACCCCGGGCGGAGACGGGGCGGGGCGCCACCGUUGGGCCACGCCUCCGAAAGGGAGGCGAGCAGAGGCACGGCGGGCCCCCGAGGUCCCCCUACGCGGUGAGCCGGCCCGCCGGGCACCCUGCCAGAGGCGCGUUCGAGCCACGGUCCCGCCUUCCCACAGGUCUGAUUGGACAGGUUCGGGGGUGUGCGGGAGGGGCGGGGCGCGCGCGGGGAGGCUGCGAAGAUGGUAUCUUCCAACCGCGGGGCCUUGCACCCUCCUCUCUCCCCCACCCCCGGUUCAAGUUUCUUCGCCCCGGAGGACGCGGCCUGGGCCAAUCCCAGGACUACAAGAGGUUUUAAAAUGCAGGUAGGGCUAGGGGGUGGCGGGGACCGGUGGGAAAGGUAGGGCAGGGCUUCCCUUAAAGGCGACGCGCGAAAAUGCGCGUCCCUUAUCUGGCCAGCGUCCCUGACCCUCCCUUUCUCACUCUUAAUAAACAAAUGCCCACCGGGCGGGCGCCGCUCCCUCCCUCCUUCCUUCCCUCCCGGGGGCAUCAGAGUUCCCUACAGUCCGAGAGAGUGGGAACAAUAGGACCCUGACAUGGGGGUGGGGGGGGUCGGGCAGGACUGCUCUUUGUCCCUUUCCGAGCCACCGAUCCUCUCUACCUGGGUCCCUGCCUGAUUUUGCAGCGGGGCUGUCUUCCCACCCCUAGCCCAAGACUGUGGCGCCUCGCCAGCCUUAUCUCAGGGCCAGAUCUCUCUCCCUUCUUCUUCUGACCUGGCGGAGGCCGAGGACCUGCCCAUUUUUCAGAGCGGUUCUCCGAGCCCUUCCCCUCCGCGCACUACGCUGCUAAAUCCCGGGACUGGAGGGACAUAUGCAGUUCGCUAGGUGGAAACCCCUGAGAAAGGCGAGGGAAGGUUUUCCACCCUGGCUAUAGUUGGGCUCCGUAGGUACGCAGCGACCGCAGAACCUUCCCUCGCCCCGCAUCUCUGCAGAGCAUACGGAUCGUCCUACACCUAUAAGUCCGGUCCCCAAAGCGCAUUUAACGGCGCUUCUGCAGCCAGCGGGCCGAGGGAAGGAUGCGUUUCCCCUGGACCUACAAGGAGAUAACCCACCCCGCGCGCGCACAUACGGGGUAAGCUACCCAGGGCCUGGAGCGCGUGCCCGCGCAGCAGCUGAGGUCCCCUUUUACAGUUACUCAGCCGUUUACUGAACCACCGCGUGUGCCCUCUCACACCUUCCCCAGCCCGGGGGAAUUCUACCGGGACUAGAGGCCACUUCUCUCUGAGGGUACUUGGCAUUGUUGGGAGGAGGGAGAGAGUACAACGUGAGAAGAAUCGGUGAGGCUGUCUGCAGCGCUAUGCGGGGAAUUCAAUUGCCUUAGAUCUGUGUUCUGGGAGGGACUAGGACCUAGGAGCUAGGAUCUAAGCCUGAGCGACAAGGACAAAGGAAUGCUCGCCCUAUGCGGCCCAUCUCUAUGACGCCGAGGACCCAGCCACCCCACUUCGGACAGUGCCCGGCCUGUGUGAGGAUUAUUGCCUGGACAUGUGGCAGACCUGCCGAGGUCUCUUUCGUCACCUCUCCCCUGACCGUGAGCUCUGGGCCCUGGAGAGCAACCGGGCUAAAUUAUGCCGCUACCUGUCCCUAGAUGACACUGACUACUGUUUCCCAAGCCUUCUGGUCAACGAGAACCUCAACUUGAACCUGGGCCGUGUUGUGGCUGAUGCCAAGGGCUGCCUGCAACUGUGUUUGGAGGAGGUGGCCAAUGGGCUUCGAAACCCGGUUGCCAUGGUACAUGCUGGGGAUGGCAGCCACCGCUUCUUCGUGGCAGAGCAGGUGGGGCUGGUGUGGACCUACCUGCCUGACCGCUCCCGCCUGGAGAAGCCCUUCCUGAAUGUGAGCCAAGCAGUGCUUACUUCACCCUGGGAAGGGGAUGAGCGUGGCUUCCUGGGUCUUGCCUUCCACCCCCGCUUUCCACAUCCCAGCAAACUCUAUGUCUACUAUUCGGUGGGGGUCGGCUUCAGAGAGUGGAUCCGCAUCAGCGAGUUCAGAGUCUCAGAGAGUGACGAGAACACCGUGGAUCAUGGCUCAGAGAGGAUAAUCCUGGAGAUUGAAGAACCCGCUUCCAAUCACAAUGGGGGCCAACUGCUCUUCGGGGAUGACGGCUUCCUCUACGUCUUUACUGGAGACGGUGGGAUGGCUGGAGACCCCUUUGGGAAGUUUGGAAAUGCACAAAACAAGUCGGCGCUGCUGGGCAAGGUGCUGCGCAUCGACGUGGACCGCAAGGAGCGCGGCCUCCUCUACGGCAUCCCUCCAGACAACCCGUUCGUGGACGACCCAGGAGCGCGGCCCGAGGUCUAUGCCCUUGGCGUGCGCAACAUGUGGCGCUGCUCCUUCGACCGCGGAGACCCAAUGUCUGGCACUGGCCGUGGGCGCCUGUUCUGCGGGGACGUGGGCCAGAACAAAUAUGAGGAGGUGGACCUGGUGGAGCGGGGCCGCAACUACGGCUGGCGCGCUCGCGAGGGCUUCGAGUGCUACGACCGCAAGCUGUGCGCCAACGCCUCCCUCGAUGACGUGCUGCCGAUUUUUGCCUACCCGCACAAGCUGGGCAAAUCAGUCACAGGAGGCUACGUGUACAGGGGUUGUGAGUACCCCAAUCUCAAUGGCCUCUACAUUUUUGGCGAUUUCAUGAGCGGGCGACUGAUGUCUCUCCGAGAGAACCCAGAGACAGGCCAGUGGCGGUAUAGUGAGGUCUGCAUGGGCCGAGGACAGACCUGCGCUUUCCCAGGUCUCAUCAACAACUACUACCCCUACAUCAUCUCCUUUGCGGAGGACGAGGCUGGGGAGCUGUACUUCAUGUCCACGGGUGUGCCCAGUGCCACAGCUGCCCGUGGGGUCAUCUACAAAGUGAUCGAUCCCUCCAGGCGGGCGCCUCCAGGGAAAUGUAAGAUCCAUCCUGCUCAGGUGAAGGUGAAGGGUCAUCUCAUCCCCUUUGUGCCCAAGGAAAAGUUCAUCUGGACGCCAGAGAGCACUCCGCGCCCCACAGCCCGCGCUCCCACUAAGGCGCCCCGCCGCAGGCGUCCCACGGCUGCUCCCCCUGCCCCCACCCCGCGACCCACAAAGCCCGCAAGGCCCACCCGGCGACCAGGAGCACGGAAGGGGGGCGGGCGACGGCGGGGACGCCCGAGUACCGCGGUCCCCGAACCCCAGAACGGCUCCGUGCGCCUGGUGCGGCCCGCAGGCCUGAGCCCUGGCCGCGGCCGCGUGGAAGUGUUCGUAGGCGGACGCUGGGGCACUGUGUGCGACGACGCCUGGGACACCAAGGCAGCCGCCGUGGUGUGUCGCCAGCUGGGCUUUGCGCACGCUGUGCGAGCCACUAAGCGCGCGGAGUUUGGCGAGGGCCGCGCGCUCCCGAUCUUGCUGGACGACGUGCGCUGCGCGGGCAGCGAGCGCAACCUGCUGGAGUGCGCGCACGCUGGCGUGGGCACGCAUAAUUGCAAGCACGAUGAGGACGCUGGCGUCGAGUGCAGCCACCAAGACCCGAACCUGUAGCCUGACUUCUCUCACCUGGCGGUGCUACCCUGCGAGUGGCCCCUUGGGUUUGCGGGCACGCAGUGCAGCACGCACGGGCCAGGAUGGAGGGUUCAUCUGCACGUGACCUCGAGUGUGUGUG